AUGAAAACAACAAAUAAUCUAUCAAAUGAAGUAAAAAUAUCUUCAUCUACUAAAACUAUCGUAUCAACUGCUCGUUCACAUUUAAUUCAUACUAUUCGAAAAUUUAAUUUAUUUUCUUCUAAUCCAUUAUGGUCACCAUCAUUAACUGUGAAUGAACAAAUACUUAGUACUCGAAUUUUUAUUAUUUUAAUAUCAAUAUGUUUGUUAAUUGUUAUUAGUUACGCUAGUUUAAGUAUUCGAACACGUACGAUAACUCUUAAAAAAUUUUCUAUAUCGGAUUUUGAACAAUUUGAAACACUUUAUCCAAAUACAAUUAAAGCUCCAUGUACUGAAGUAGCAGUACGUUAUGAUAAAUUUCUACAUGUAUCUGCAAAAUUUCAUCAAAUAUGUUCAAGUCCAUUUAUUCGAAAAAAAUGGAUAUCUUCUUUAUUUCUUUACAAUGCAACAUCUCAUAAUAUUUUAGAUUUUCGUACAUUUGCCUUUUCUCAUUAUCGUUCUCUUGGUUUACUUUGUCAAUUAGCUCGUCAAGCUGUUAAUGAUGCUUACGAUAUGUUCUAUUCUAAUCGUUUAAUUAAUCGCUAUAGUUUUUCACGAGUUCAAUUUAAUGAAGUAAGUUCUGUUGUUACUGUUAAUUUUUAUCGAAAUUUAUUAACUAAUGAAAAACGAAUUCUAUCAAUUCUGUCAAUGUUUACUUCAAAAAAUCAAUUGAUCUCAGCUUUACGUACAAAUAAUUAUAUGGUAUCCAAACCCGGUUCAAAAAUGUUUAUUUCUUAUGAUAGAAUUUAUAAAGAACUAAAUGGAACGGAAGAAAACUUUUGUGAAUGUACACUAAGAGACAAUCAGUGUGUACAUCCAGCUGGUGCUUUUUAUAAUGUGACUUUACCAAAUUUAGAAAAAGAAGUUGAAGAUGAUCCAUCUCCGCAAUUUCAGAUUCCUGGACUAAUGGCUGGAUGUCUACCUCUUGAAGCCAUACGUCAAUCAACUCUUGAAUGUCUGUAUAAUCAAUCAUGCAUUGAUGUAAUAUCACUUCAACCAAAAGUUUCUCGACCAAGAGCUUUAAAUGUAUCUUUAACGCGAUUUCCAUUGAAUUUAACAACAGGUUCAUUAUUCGAUAAUUAUUUAUUUAUUGAAUCUUGGGAAAAUAGAUCAAGUUUCGAAAAUUAUUUUGCUGCUUGUGCACCUCGAUAUCUUUCUUACAGUUUUGAAAGUCGAUUUUAUCUUGGUACAAUUAUUACUAUGAGUCUUAAUGCUUUUGGUGGUCUUGUUAUUGCAUUGCAAUUAAUUACACCAGCUUUAGUAAAAAUUUUCAAAUUAAUAAAAUGGAAAAAACAAAGAACUGAACAAACUACAACUGUAGAACCAAGACAUGUACAAAUAGAAAUUACAAAUAAAUUACUAAAACAAAGAAAACAAGCUGUAGUCAUUCAUAUUCAUCGAACGAUUCAUAAUUUUAAUUUAUUUCCAUUAAAGAACAAAAAUGAUCCUGAUGAUGAACGUAUUGGUAUCAUUGCUACUCGUCUUUAUAUUUUUUUAACAAUUAUUGGUCUUAUUACUCUUAGUAUCUAUACAUCUUUAUUAAAACGUAAUAAAACCUAUAGUGUUGAUAGACCUUCAUUUACAAAAUUCGAAGAACUUUAUUCUAUGUAUUCAUCAACAUUAACUUGUUCAUGUUCAAAUCUUUCAAUGUCGUAUGGUCGAAUAAUAUCUCUUUCGCCUCGUUUUCAUUCAAUAUGUUCAAGUGAAUAUCUUAAAGAUGAUUGGCUAUCUUAUUUUGGCCGUGGAUCAAUUCCUAACGAUACAUAUGAACUUCUAUUAAUUGACUUUCGAGCUAGUGGUGAAUGGAUGUUUCAAAUGCUAUCUAUUCUAUGCAGAAUAUCAAGUGAAACAGUUAAUGAUGCAAUAAGAAUAUUUCAAUCAAAUAGAUUUGUUACAAUGAAUACAUUAUCACGUUCACAGUUUACUAUGGAAACUAAGACACGAAUGAAACAAUUUGAACAAAAUUCUAUCGUUUUACUUUUUAGUUUAAUAAGAUUGAUUCGUUCAUCGAUUCGAACAAAUCAAUUGAUUGAGAACAUGUGGAUGAAUACUCAAACGUUUUCAAUAUAUGAUAAUACAACAUCGAAAUGGUCAAUCCAUUUCCAAUCAUCAAAUCUUCAUAAAAAUUCAUGUUCAUGUUCUCUGUCAAAGGAAUGUACUAGCCCUAUUGGCUUUUAUUUGCGAACAGAUACCCAUCAUUCUGAACCUAAUGUAACUGUACCUGGUUUAGUUCUUGGAUGUUAUGCAAUGGAUUCUAUUCUUUUAUCUACAUUAGAAUGCUUUUACGAUAAAAAAUGUAUUCAAAUUCUUCUUGAUAAAUAUGAUUUUGAUAUUGUUGGAUUAGUUUCACCAUUAAAUAAACGUGCUUCUCAGAUACGACCACUUCAAAAUGAAAAUAGUCGUUUUCUUCCAAAUGCAACAAUACGUGAAAUUUUUUCAAACUUAUUUGUAGAAGAUUGGAUGUAUUCAAGCAAUUAUACAGCAUAUUAUGAGCGUUGUGCACCUACACACUGUACUUAUACUAGUGAUCCACCUUCAGUUGAGAAAAAGUUUCAACAUCAGGAAAUUAUUGCUACUCGCAUUUAUAUAUUUCUAUUUAUCCUAUGUCUUAUUGCUGUUAUUAUCUAUUCUGGUCCAUUCAGUGAAGAAACAAGAUCUAUUAAAAUACCACAUCCAACAACGAGCAUUGUUGAAAAACUUUAUCAGAAAAAUAUUUCAAGUCUUUCAUGUCCUUGUUCAAAUGCUGCUGUUCCUUAUUCAACAUUUUUAACAUUAAUACCUCAUUAUCAUUCAAUAUGUUCUAGUGAAUAUAUUUCUUUAUCAUAUCGUAUUGAUUUGUUAAAAAAAAAUGAGAAUAUAUCAUUAGCUUUAAGUAAUCAUUAUCGUUUAAUAGCAUCACUUUGCCGUUCAUCUCGUCGUUUCAUUGAAUAUGCUAUUCAAAUGUUUGGUACUCGUGAACUAGUUGGUGUAGAAACAUUAACUCAUUCAUCAUUUGAUAAUCAAAUAAAACCAUCAAUUCCUGUAUUUAUUCGUGAAACUUCAAAUUAUUAUCGUCGUGUAGUUUCAUUCAUAGUUCGUUCGUUUAGUGUUAAUCAAUUAUUACAUAUUUUUACAACUAAUUGGCAACUUAGUUUUAGUGAUGAAAAUGAAUUAUAUAUAAUAAAAACAUUUCCACGACAUUUUCCAUCAUCAAACUGUAGUUGUGCAACAUCAUAUGACUGUAGUGAGCAGUUAACUAAUGAUAUUGUUAUGGGUUGUUUUCCAUAUGAUGGAUUUCGUUUAUCAAAAUUUAGAAAUGUUUCAUUAGGAAAAUUAAAUAAUCGAUUCUUCAUAGAAACAUGGGAAAAUUAUACUAAUUAUACAAAUUAUUUUCAAGCAUGUAGAACCUCAGAAUGUCAUUAUACACUACCAGAUAAGAAUAAUCCUAUAUUUAUGUUAACAACUCUUUUAGGAGAUGAGUUUUAG